GAUUUGUUUGGAAUAGUCGACCUAUCUCUUUCUCAUUUUAGUUCUUCAUCUUUGUUUUUAAAGAUGUCUAAGAGACAUCGAUUGGAUUUAGGCGAUGAUUAUUCGUCAAGCAAAAAAAGGUCAUCAUCUGACGGGAAAGACCGUGACAGAGACCGCGACGACCGGUCGAAGGACCGCGACCGAGACAGAGACCGUGACCGGGAUCGAGACCGGGACAGAGACAGAGAUAGCAAGCCCCCCAGCGUGGCCAUAAACUCAGGCAUGGCCGGAGGAGGCGGCCUUCUUCCGCUCAAGCAGGCGGCGAUGCACCAGCAGAUAAACCCUUUCACCAACCUGCCACACACGCCACGCUAUUACGAGAUCCUGAAGAAAAGACUACAGCUGCCGGUGUGGGAGUACAAGGAACGGUUCAACGACAUCAUCACGCGACACCAGAGCUUUGUGUUGGUCGGUGAGACUGGCUCUGGGAAGACCACGCAGAUCCCACAGUGGUGUGUGGACAUGGUGCGCUCCUUGCCGGGGCCUAAAAGGGGCGUGGCUUGCACUCAGCCUCGUAGGGUGGCGGCCAUGAGCGUGGCCCAGAGAGUGGCGGACGAGAUGGACGUCAUGCUUGGGCAAGAGGUCGGCUACUCCAUCCGAUUCGAAGACUGCAGCUCUGCAAAAACCAUCCUGAAGUACAUGACAGACGGAAUGUUGCUCCGCGAGGCCAUGAAUGACCCAUUGCUGGAGCGUUACGGCGUCAUCAUUCUCGACGAGGCCCACGAACGCACGUUGGCCACGGAUAUUCUGAUGGGCGUGCUGAAAGAGGUGGUGCGGCAGAGGUCUGACCUUAAGGUUAUCGUCAUGAGCGCUACUCUGGAUGCCGGAAAAUUCCAGGUGUACUUCGACAACUGCCCCCUGCUCACCAUUCCGGGCCGAACGCAUCCGGUCGAAAUCUUCUACACGCCCGAACCAGAGAGAGACUACCUGGAAGCUGCUAUCCGCACGGUUAUCCAGAUCCACAUGUGCGAGGAAGAUGAAGGAGACGUCCUGCUCUUCCUCACAGGACAGGAGGAAAUAGACGAAGCCUGCAAGAGAAUCAAACGGGAAAUCGAUGACUUGGGGCCUGAAGUAGGAGACAUCAAAAUCAUCCCGCUGUACUCCACGCUGCCCCCACAACAACAGCAGAGGAUCUUUGAGCCCCCUCCGCCACGCAAACCCAACGGAGCCAUCGGCAGGAAGGUCGUAGUGUCGACAAACAUCGCCGAGACGUCCUUGACCAUCGACGGCGUGGUGUUUGUAAUUGAUCCCGGAUUUGCCAAGCAAAAGGUGUACAACCCCCGUAUCCGAGUGGAGUCGCUCCUGGUGACGGCCAUCAGCAAAGCCUCGGCACAGCAGCGGGCCGGAAGAGCUGGGAGGACACGCCCCGGGAAGUGCUUCCGCCUCUACACAGAAAAGGCCUAUAAGACGGAAAUGCAGGAUAACACGUACCCUGAGAUUCUCAGGUCCAAUUUGGGCUCGGUGGUGCUGCAGCUGAAGAAACUGGGUAUCGAUGACCUGGUACACUUUGACUUCAUGGACCCCCCAGCUCCUGAGACUCUGAUGCGCGCUCUGGAGCUGUUGAACUACCUGGCCGCGCUGAAUGAUGACGGGGACCUGACAGAACUUGGAUCAAUGAUGGCCGAAUUCCCCCUUGACCCUCAGCUAGCCAAGAUGGUGAUUGCAAGCUGCGAGUACAACUGUUCCAACGAGAUCCUCUCCAUCACUGCCAUGCUAUCAGUCCCACAGUGCUUUGUCCGCCCCACUGAGGCCAAGAAGGCUGCCGAUGAGUCCAAGAUGAGGUUCGCCCACAUUGAUGGAGAUCACCUCACGCUUCUCAACGUCUACCACGCCUUCAAACAGAACCACGAGUCCGUACAGUGGUCCUACGACAACUUUGUGAACUACCGCUCGCUGAUGUCAGCCGACAAUGUGCGGCAGCAGCUGUCGCGCAUCAUGGACCGCUUCAACCUCCCACGCCGCAGCACCGAGUUCACGAGCAGAGAUUACUACAUCAACAUCCGCCGAGCGCUUGUCACCGGCUUUUUCAUGCAGGUGGCCCACCUGGAGCGUACCGGACAUUAUCUGACGGUGAAGGACAACCAGGUGGUCCAGCUGCACCCCUCGACCGUGCUGGACCACAAGCCAGAGUGGGUACUUUACAACGAGUUUGUGCUGACCACCAAGAACUACAUCCGCACCUGCACCGACAUCAAGCCCGAAUGGUUGGUAAAGAUCGCUCCACAGUACUACGAAAUGAGCAACUUUCCCCAGUGCGAGGCCAAGAGGCAGUUGGAACGCAUCAUCGCUAAACUUCAAACCAAGGAGUAUUCCCAAUACUAACGCCCUGGAUGGCACAAGGACUAACUGAAAUUAUUUUCCUCAGCUCUGUUUGAGGCCUCCCUGAACUUUCAAGUUGUACAUCGUCAACAUUAGUUUGCUGUUUGUAUUUUCUUUAUUCAAUUCUUUCAAUUUAAUGUUUAGAUUUGAUUAUUUUUAUAACUUUUCUUUCGCUCCCACACCUUCCUGUUUUUUUUUGGGUUUUUUUCGUUAUAUUGUACAACUGUCGUGGCACUAAGGAUUGGUUGAGUCUGGGAGCGACUGCUGUACAGGGAUACCAUCAUAGACCAUGUCAUGCAUGAUCAGUCAUGUGGAUGUUGACAUUCCUUAUAGAAAUUGUGAACUUUUACUGAAAUGUAAUUGAGUAGACAGUCCUUGUUUAUUCUGUUAAACGGCUUUGACUUCAAUAAAAACUGUUGGUACCAUA